UUUCAACACAAAACAAAUACGAUAAUUUUUUAAUAAAGCAUGAAAUUUUACGUAAUAUUUAUGACAGUAAUUUUGGCAGUAGAACAAGUUAAGUCCGAUGUAAAAGAUGACCUAGACGAAUUGGACAUGGCAUGCAGUAAGGAAACCCAGGUCAGUGAGGAUGAAAUGAAAAUUUUCUUUAAUAGUGAUAUGAAAGAACCCAAGGAGGCAAUAAAAUGUCACCUUAAAUGUUAUAUGGAAAAAUAUGGUCAAUGGAAAAAUGGCGGUUUUGAUGAAAAUGCUGCCAAAAAGUUUUUACAUAACAUGUUCGCCUCAGAAGACAAAAAGGAUAUUAUUAAUAAGAUGAUAGAUAAUUGCAAAAACAAAAAGGGUUCCUCAGAAUGUGAUACUGCCUAUCUGAUAUCCAAAUGUAUUAUGGAAUACGAUAUGUAGUCUUGUUGCAUAUAAUGUUAUAACGAAACAGAAAAAUUACACUUUAUACUUUAGA